AUGGCUCAUCACAUGACAAUUCGACUGCUUCUGGCCGAAUUCGGUCAUCCGACUAAGUUGGUAAUCGGCGACGAGUUGUUCAUGAAAAAACACCCAGGCAGCGAUGUAUCCGGUGAAGAACUGAACAAGUUCGUACUACUUCUAUUAGGUUGUGCAGUUCAAGGAGAUAAGAAGAAGACAUUUGUAAGUCGAAUCACCAAACUCGAGAAACGCCUUCAGCAAGGCAUUGCGAAGGAAAUUCAGAAGAUCACCGAAACUUCAUCAGUCGUACUCAGUAUUGACUCAUUAGCUCGAUACGACAGUACGGUUGUAGACCACAUUGAGCAGCUCAUGGAACAACGAGACGCUUACGCGCAAACCCUCUUUCAGAUGGCCGAUACGGAAAGUGACGGAGGCGGAAGUUCUACCGAAAGUUCAUCAGUCAAUGGUGAAAUUGAGUUGACCCAGCGACGUAUUGAGAAGCGUCCGAGUCGACGCACACCAUCACCGCCCUUUCUCGACAGGCAUUCCACUGUCGAGCUGAGCGCAAAAAAUGCUGAGCUCCGAAAACUUCGCAAAGAAACAGAGGAUAAGGAUGACCGAAUUAACGAACUCUCAGACGAAUUAGAAGCGGUGGAAACUGAAGUACGAAAACUGAAAGACGAACGAAUAGAACUCAUAAAAGAUGCACGGGCAGCAAAGGACCUGCGAGAUGAGCUGGAUUGCGUCCAACAGAAGCUUGAUCGACUGGAGAAGCUCGAACGUGAAAAUUCUCAUUUGCAUGAAAAACUGGCCAAGUUGGAAUAUGUUCAGUCACAAUUGGAGCAUCAACGAGCCGACAAUGCCACUCUCGAGAUGUCAAUUGAACAGCUUGAAAACGAGCUCGAGUUUCUUCGUCAAGAGAAAAAGAAUCAGAACGAGACCCAGACCCGUUUGACCGAGGCUCAGCAAAGCAUACGAGGUUUACAAACGGACAUCGGCUUGAAGAACACAAAAAUCGAAGAGCUUCUAGUGGAACAGUCACGGUUAGAAAACGAACUGAUGCUGGUGAAUACGAAAAUGCUGGAAAUGGAAAGACGCAUGGACUGCUCCAGUAAUGCGCCACAAGAGAGUUUUGGUUCGUUGGCCGACGAAAUGGCCGACAGUGAAAAGAGCGAGAUGAUGCAGUUACGUUUGGAGAAUCGAAAACUCCGAUCCCAUCUCGAAUCCACAGAAAAUUCAACAGUAUCAUCAGCUGAGCUGGAACAGCUAAAGAGUGAGAUGGAGCAACGGGAAAGGGUCUUUGCUGAGACGAGAGCUGAGAAUGAGCUCAUGCAGCGACAACUCCAUACGGCUGAGUCCACGGUGACGCAACUCAAUCAAGAAAUCCUACAGGCGACCACCGAACGCGAGAAGCUACGGGCCGAACGUGACGAAUCUGUGAUGUCGCUCAUCGAUGCUAGGAAGAAAUUCGCACAGUUCCAGACAGAAUUUGGUCGGAAGUUCGAGCAGGAAGCUCAGACUAAGGUGAUGGAAAUCGAGGCAGAACUGCAGGAACUAAGACGAAAAUUGAGCUGCGUAACAGAAGAGCGAAAGCAGACGGAAAAGCAACUGCAGCGUGUCUGUGAAGAGCAGAAGUCCCUUCGAGUGACUGUCGAUGAACUCAGAGAGGAAAAGGAAAAUGCAGAAACUCUGAGUGCAAAUAAUGAACGGGCACGGCGUAAUGCCGAAGCAGAAAGGAACUCGUUGAAGGCCCGACUCGAAGCCUUGGAUGCUGAAUGUGAAGAGUUGCGGGAGCGAGCCCGAUGCGCAGAAGACGCCUCUCGACGACUGGCCGCCUGCGAACGUCGUCUGGCCGAGCAACAAACGCGCAUAGGUGAUUUGGAAGCCGAAAAUCGCACACUUCAGCAGCAGAUGGAGCUUGAAUCCCAGAAGACUCAACGCCUUCGAGAAGAUCUUGUCACGGAAAAAUCGAAGGGGGCGGAGCUGGUGGGCAGGUUACGAAGCGUAUGCGCUGCGAUUGCACUCAAUGGCGGAAAAAUAGAUGUGGAAAUGGAUGACCACCAGCUGAUCGAUUCGAUCGAUAACGUCAUCAUGGGAGCGCUAAACGCCGCAAAACGUGAGGCGGAUGCUCUGAGGUUGCAGCAGCACACGCAGAUCGCUGAAUUGAACGAUUUGAAGAGCGAUAUCGAGAAAUUAAGAUUCCAUCUAGCAUGGUUUCAUGCAUUGCCUCACCCAAAAGCCAGAGUCUUAUCUGUUCCUGGAAAAUGCGGAUCUGUAGCUUAUCCGAAGUAG